ACUCACAGUGCUAAUGGUUAAAGAAACAGGAGGUAAAGCUAUUCUGCUUAAGCUGUCAAAGAUUACCAAGUACGUAUUUACAAAGUAGCGGACUUCCUGGGCGUUAAACGUUAUUUGUCAGACAGCACUGUUGCAUCUACAACAUCACACGCUCGCCAGAGUUUUUAAUGAGGCUCACUGAAAUACACCUUUGAGUCAGAGAUGGAGAAACUAGAGACAUCAGAGCUUCAGUCUAGACUGUCAUCCCUGUCUGUCUCUUCUUUCCCCGGUAUAACGUCAAAAAACUGCGAAGCAAACCCUUUAAACAGACUUCAAAGCACCGACCUUUCCCAGACAGUGAUCCCGCCGGACAACCAAACCAAAAUGGACGAUAACAGCAAUAACCAAGAGUUAUCACAAUCUACAGAGGAGCCCGGCUCUACUCUAGGGAAAGCAGAGGCGGGUGAAUCACAGGAGAGCAGCUCUUCACACCCUGCGGAGAAAAAAGCUCUUCCUCCGAUGAAGCCUGCAUCCACGUGGACCUCAGUGGCUCUGAAGGAUCUGAAGACUAAGCUGCGUCAGGAGAAGGACAGUGUGGUGACAGUGUAUCGCGGAGACAUCAUGACCGUCCAUGUGCCUACUGUCCCUGAAGCCAAGCGCGUGUGCUGGGAGUUUGCCACAGACGGAUAUGACAUCGGUUUCGGCGUUUACUUCGACUGGUCGCCAGUUACUAGCCGAGCCAUUACUGUCCACAUUAGUGAAUCCAGCGAUGACGAGGAUGAAGAUGAUGAGCUAGAAGGCCCUGUGGUUCCUGGAGAUGUAGAGAAGGGUUCCAAAUCAUCUGCCAACACAAACUUGGGCGAGAUCCUGCCUGUGUACCGUCAGGACAGUCAUCUAGCGGUGCAGGGCGGCAGUCACGAUUUCCCUGGAGAAGGAACUUACCUGCUGAAGUUUGACAACUCGUACUCGCUGUGGAGGAAUAAGACUCUGUACUACAGGGUUUACUACAGUGCCUGAGGAAGUUGCUGUUUUUCGUCAUAUGUAUGUAUUAAAUUACUGUAUAAUUCUUGCUAUUGUUGAUUUGUGCUUUUCGUUUAAUCUCCAAGCCCUGUCAUAGACGAAAAAAAUCACAUAUACAAAUAUAUAAAUAUAUAUAUAUAUAUAUAUAUAUAUAUAAAUGAUGCUUUUUUUACGUGAAUGAGAUCAUGAGGCUCAUACAGUACGUGGAAUGUGUUUUGUGUGGCUUUAAAAUGUUUUCUGUACGUGCAAGAUGAUCUAUUUCAUAUAAAAGGUCCAUAUAUGUUUUAUAAUCUUAUUGUCUGUCACCCCAACGGAGCUGUGGCAUCGCAUAUCAGGGACUACAGAGAAAUCAGGGAAAGUAUAUGGGUGGCAACCGGUCAAACGCUUUUCAGUUCCACACAAUUCAAAGCAAACGGGACGGUCAAGGCAGGUGACUUGACAGAAGUUACCGUCUAUUCAGGUAAUGAUGAGUGUGAUUUUUGUGCCCGCUUUUUUUAUUGUCUUAUGUAAUAUUUACACUGAACAGCGCAUGAGUUCUGCUUUUGCCAUAAACGCACUGGAAGCCACUGCUAGUUAAAGGGACAGUUCACCUGACAGUUCUAAUUUACUCACCCUUAGGAGGUUCCGAAUGUGUUUGAGUUUGUUGAGCAAAAAAAUAUAUAUUUUGAAGAAUGUUGGAAACUGGAAGACAUUGAGCUACAGAGAAAGCAAAUAAAAACACCACGGACGUGAAUAGCUUUUGGUUUCCAACAUUCUUCAAAUUAUCUUAAAGGGUUAGUUCACUCAAACAUGAAUAUUGUGUUAUUAAUUACUCACCCUCAUGUUGUUCCAAACCCCUGAGAGCUUCGUUCAUCUUCUGAAUACAAGAUUAAGAUAUUUUCGAUGAAAUCGGAAAGCGCCCUCAUCCUCCAUAUAUAGCAACAGUUCCGACUCAUUCAAAAUUACCAAAAAAACUCCUUCAAAUACCAAAAAACAUCCUCGAAAGAAAUCAUGCGUCUUCAGUAGUCCAGUCAGAAUAUUAUCACCCUUCAAGAAUACUUUUUUGUGCGCACAAAUAUUCUAACAAAAUGGAUUCAACGGUUUAUUGUCCUGGACGAUGUGGUGGCGCAGUGGGUAGCGCUGUCACCUCACAGCAAGAAGGUCGCUGGUUCGAGCCUCGGCUAGGUCAGUUGGCAUUUCUGUGUAAAGCUUGCAUGUUCUUCCCAUGUUCGCAUAAGUUUCCUCCGGGUGCUCCGGUUUCCCCCACAGUCCAAAGACAUGUGGUAUGGGUGAAUCUGGUAAGCUAAAAUUGUUCAUAGUGUAUGUGUGUAUUGAUGUUUCUCAGUGAUGCAGCUGGAAGUACAUCCGCUGUGUAAAACAUAUAUUGGAUUAGUUGAGGGUUCAUUCCACUGUGGCGACUCCUGAUUAAUAAAGGGACUCAGCCGAAAAGAAAAUGAAUGAACUGGUUUAUUGUCCUCAGUGUCAGUAUAUUGCGCAUGUGUUCUGUGUACUGAUGCAUACCCCAGAUGAACGUGUACGACUUCCUCUGUUUGAAACCAAGCACAGGUGCAUCUAAGGUAAUACAACAGUAGCGUAACCGAGAGCCGCAUGUGAACGUGCACACUAUACUGACACUGCGGGAAAAAGACAGUUGAAUGACGUCAAUAUUUUUGUUUUAUGUGUGCACAAAACUAUUUUGCUGCUUAAUAAUAUUUGUUUGAAAUACUGAAGGUGUCUGGUCUGUUCUGAGGAUGAUUUUUGAAAUUAUUAUAGACUUUAAACGAGUCUGGAACCUUGCUGUGUAUGAAGGAGCUCUCAGAUUUCAUCUAAAAUAUCUUCAUUUUUGUUCCAAAGACAAACAAAGGUGUCGGGAAUCUGUAAUUAGUAAUUUACAACAUAAUGGAUGAAUAAAUGACAGAAUGUUCAUUUUUGUGUGAACUAUCCUUGACCAGUCUCUAGGAAUACUACUUGUGGAAACGGUCGAAGUCUGCUUGUUUACAUCCUGAAGCCAUUUCCUGCCACAAAAGCUGAUUUGUUGCAUAACCGAUCCAAUAUCUCCCGUCCCAGGCUCUCAUUUGGCACUAUUAAGGGCUGUUUGGCAUCAGUUUGGUCUCUGAGGUCUGAAUAGACGAGAUGCAGAUGCCCUGUCGAAAACGUUUUUAUUUACUUCGAUGCCUCUUUUACCAAGGUGACUUGCAAAUACUACUUAGGUUUACAUGUUUGUUCAUUGGAAGGAUUUCCUCGCUUCUAUCAUGUGCAAUAUGACAGACACUAAGUGCUGCCAGCAGGUAUAGGAUUUAGUUUUCUUUAAAAUAUCGAUUUACCAAACGACGCUGCAAUUUCUUUGUGUACCUUCAAUUGUUAGCAUGUCUUAAGACUGUUGCAUCGUGCUGCUGAGGUACUUUAUUCUGCCAACGUGCUUUUCUGCUCGUCCUUCUGCGUUUCUUUACUUGUAUGAUAUAAAUAAGAUGUGUUUGUCAUUUUUGUCUUUAGUUUUUUGUUUGUUUGUUGUUCACAAUAAACGAUGAUUAAUUCAGUG